CUUACGCAGUGCUACCCACUGUGUGGUUGGGUAGCAUUUCUGGGAGUUUGUACAUAUUCUCUGCCGUGCCUUAUAGUAGGAAACGUCUUCAUGUUUUGAAACUCGAGGACUCCAUAUUGGCCAUCUGUCACAUGAGAGGGAAAGUUUUUCUGGCAUUGGCGAACGGAUGCCUGGCAUGUUUCACUAGGAAGUUCAACGGUCAAUGGGAUACGUCCAAUUACCACACAAUCCGCAUCACGGAACCAACCAAUGCCGUGAGAGCAGCUGUCGUGGUAGCCAAUAAGAUACUCUGGUGCUCCGUGGCCAACGUUAUCUACGUUGUCAACACGCAGACGUACUCCAUUGAGAAAAACUUUCAAGCCCACCCGCGUCGAGAAAGUCACGUGCGCAAGAUGGUUUGGGUGGGUGAGGGCGUGUGGGUGGUCCUGCGCCACGAUGCCACCCUGCGCCUCUUCCACGCCUACACACACGAACAUCUACAAGACGUUGAUAUUGAGCCCUGCGUCACCAAACUAUUGGGCUCAUCGAAGCUCGGCUUCUCAUUGGUCCAAAUUAGCUGCCUUAUGGUGACCUGCAACAAAUUGUGGGUGGGUACCGGCAAUGGAGUUGUCCUCUGUCUGCCAAUCUCGGAAGAUAUUUCUUCAGCAGCGUCGACAUCAUCAGCCUCCAACAUACCCCCCAACAAGUCACCUACUUCGACAAAUUUCCCCGGGGCAAUAAAACCCCCCGGUGUCAUGGUGAGGGUGUACGGGGGCGUCAAAAAUGAUGACGUAUACCCCGGAAGUUUCGUACCCUACUGCUCCGUCUCGCAAGUGCAGCUCAGUUUCCACGGCCACAAAGAAGCGGUGAAGUUCCUUGUGGCUCUACCAGGAAACGACAAAACCCCAAAGCAAUCUCAAAACAAGAACUCCCAGAUCUUCAGAAAGUUCAGCUCUCCCCUCCCGACAUCAUCAUCUCUCUCACUACCUCCUCUCACGGCCUCACCAUCCCCGAUACCAUUAUCUUCAUCUCCAUUGGCUCAACAACAAACGUCAUCAUCAUCAUCGCCAUCGUCGUCGUCGUCAUCAUCACUGUCGUCGACAUCGGGAGCGACGGUGGUCGCGCCAAAGACGAUGUGGGUGGUCUGUGGCGGGGAUGGGUAUGUGGAUUUUCGCAGAGAUGAUGAAACAUCAAAAGCUGACAGCAAAAAGAAGACUUCGAGCUUUUUCGGGUCAAAGGUCGACAAGAGUCACGUGAUCGUCUGGCAGGUAUCUGGUCCCUGAUGAUGAUGAGAAGGAGGAGGAAGAGGAAAAAGAUGAAGUACCCGUCUGGAAAGUGAGAGAUAUUAUUUCGGAGAGUAAAAAGAGAGAUAAGGAUGGAGGGGAGAAGUAGAUGGAAAGAGAUUCGUCCAAUGGUAUUUACUGACUGCUUUGAAGUAAACGUUCAUUUCGAUUGACUGUUUUUGCUUGAAUAAUCUUUCUUUCUUCCUUUCUUUCUUAACGUUUAGACACAUUUUACAAAGAAAAAAAUAUGGAAAACCCUUUUAUAAAAAGUGAUAUUUAGUUGAAAAUUCAAUUUAAAAAAAGCGAACGUUUUCGUGGUUAUAACGUUUUUAAUCAUUUAUUUGUUAGCGGUUGUUUGGCUGGCUGGAAAGAAUUUUUUAAAAUUAAUAAUACAAUUAAUUAAUUAAAAGUUCUUGUUCAUACUCGCCGAUCAUGUUUACUGACUCUGUUUCAUAUACUUGUAUAGUGGACUAGUAACUAGUAUUAUUUGAGAUUUAUUUUUUAAUAAAAAAGUUAUCAUUAAUAUUGUUA